CGCGUUCAUCUGCAUCUGCUUGCUCGCGACCCUCUGUUGCGUCAAAAAAUAUGAACAGUCCUCUAAGCUCCAGCACUUCAAGCUCCGCGACACUUCAAUCUCGAAGAAGGAGCCGGAAGGAAAAUUCUGGGAGCGUGGCUGCUCCGGUGCGCAAGCAAUCCCAGCGUCGAGCUCGGGCGGUAUCGACGUCGUCUUCAUCCUCGUCGCCAUCUUCUGACGGAAGAGCCUCGGCAUCGAUAUACAACACAAAGGAGCUGCAACAUAAAUCCAAAAGCAAGCGUCAUCUUCCUCGUCCAGAGGUGGCUGCAAGGACAGGAGACGCAACCCGGAAAGUUAGGUUUUGUUCGAAGCCGGUUGAAGAGAUUCCGAAUUUCUAUGCAAGCAGUAGUGGAGGUUCCGAUUCUUCUUCAAGUACAUCAAGUUCCAGUUCUUCG